UCAACAGCGAGAGAGCCCCUUUUCACUCUCCCGUAGCGACUGGCUCGUCACGUCCGAGAAGUGUGAUCAAGAGAGAGACCAGAGUUUUCCGACGAUGUUUCUGCGAGUGAUCGGACGGCCAUUAUUGGCCAAAGUUAAGCAGACGACGGGGAUCGUCGGUCUGGAUGUUGUCCCCAAUGCCCGAGAGGUCUUGAUCGGCCUUUACAGUAAAACCCUAAAGGAGAUCCAGGCCGUUCCCGAGGACGAAGGAUACCGUAAAGCCGUCGAGAGCUUCACCCGCCACCGGUUGAAGGUCUGCCAGGAGGAAGAGGACUGGGAGAAGAUCGAGCAGCGGCUAGGCUGUGGUCAGGUGGAGGAGCUAAUCGAGGAGGCCCAGGACGAGCUCAAACUCAUUGCUAAAAUGAUCGAGUGGGAUCCCUGGGGUGUUCCUGAUGACUACGAAUGCGAAGUAAUCGAGAAUGAUGCUCCGGUACCGAAGCACGUUCCUCUUCACCGACCAGGCCCUCUCCCCGAAGAGUUUUACAAAACGCUGGAGGCCAUCGGCAGUGAUAGUGCAAAAAAAGUAGAGACAGCCGAGAAAGCACCUCAGGUGACAGAAUAACCUCUUUUUUAUCAUUUGGAGGAUUCGAGUUUCGGAAUUGAGGAAUCGAAAGCCGUUCUUUGUUUUUGGCCUUGAUGUUAUCUAAUUAUGUUUGUUCUCCAAUAGAGUGCCUGUAUGCAGGAAUGAUUGUUCACAAAGUGUGUACUUCAAUAAUCUUUACCCAAUUCUGGAAUUACAUAAAUGCACCGUUUCAUUGCCUGGUUUAA